UUCUCGACCGCGCUCCCGCUAACGCACGCCCUCGCUCUCACCGGCGCCCCCAUCCCCCACGCUGGCGGCGGCCGCGAUGGGGUGCGCGGCGUCGACCGCUAACGGGGCCGAGCCCCGGCGGCGGGCGCGGGCGCGGGCGGCGGGGCACAGCGAGGCGUCCACCUCGGGUCUGCUGGCGCCGCCGCCGCAGCCGCAGCAGCAGGAAGGGCAGGGGCAGGAGGCGGAGUCGUCGUCCGGGGGCAGGAGGCGAGGGAGCAAGGUGGCGCCGGAGCCCAAGGAGCUGGAGGAGAGGACCGCCGCGCUCCCGCCGAUGACCGGGCCCGGCUCGCCGAGCUUCCGGCACUACUGCCAGAAGAAGACGGCUGCCGUCGACAGGAUCGUGGCCGACGCCGACAACAGCGACGGCUCCGUCACGAUCAAAGCGACGGCGCGUCAGCUGAGCAAUAGGAGCGAAAUCUCGGCGACCAAGCCACACAACUCCAACGAGGUCUCCCAACCUAAAGAGGGAAACAGAUGGCUUAGAUACAGUGGCUUUUCGGUCGUCGCUUCUGCUUGUCACAACUUGUUCUGCCGGCAAAGAAGCAAACCUUCGCCGCCUGCUGCUGCCGCUUCAGCUGCAAGCUCUCAACCCUGAUCAGGCAGCGCUGUAUGGGAUCUUCUACAUUUUACUACGUCUCAGCUUGUAAACACACACACGCAUGGCUCAUUCAGUCAUCGUUUAUGAUGCAUUGAUGCUAGCUUUGCAUCAUUUGCUGUCAUUUUUCAAUCUUGGUUAGUUCUUGUAAGCUAACCCCGUUUGUGAGAAGCUGAUUCUGUAAAUGGUGCAAGGAGCAUCAGCUCUGGACUGCUCCUGUUGUAGAGAAAAUACAAAUUAGUGUUGGAAAGGAGGGCAGAUCUUUCGGAAA